AUGAAUGACAGUAAUAAUGUGGAGAAAGACAUUGUACCAUGUAAAUUGCUGGCAAACCCAGAUUAUCUGCAUUCAAAAGAGCACUGUAGUAAAGCUACCUUAAAUUGGUGCUUAUUUUUCUUAAUUGUGUUUCUGACAAUCACACUGUGUGGAAUGACUAUUACUUUAAGAGCAAUUAGAACUAACUGCCAUCAAAAGCCAUCAGUAUGUCUUCAAGCUGCAUGCCCAGAAAGUUGGAUUGGUUUUCAAAGAAAAUGUUUCUACUUUUCUGAUGACACCAAGAACUGGACCUCAAGUCAGAGGUUUUGUGACUCACAAGAUGCUAAUCUUGCUCUGGUUGAAAAUUUCCAGGAACUGAAUUUCCUGUUGAGAUAUAAGGGCCCAUCUGACCAUUGGAUUGGUUUGAGCAGAGAACAAGACCAACCAUGGAAAUGGACAAACGGUACUGAAUGGACAAGACCGUUUCCUAUCACGGGAGAAGGAGAGUGUGCCUAUUUGAAUGACAAAGGUGCCAGUAGUGCCAGGUACUACACAGAGAGGAAGUGGAUUUGUUCCAAACCAGACACAUAUGUCCAGAUGAUACAGCAAAGCCCUAACUAAUCUUUAGAAGCACAUUGGAACUGAUAACCCCAUUUAAAAAUGAGCAAAGAAUUAAUUUUAUAUACCAACAGGUAUAUGAAAAUGUGCUUGAUGUCAGUAAUAACCAGGAAAAUACAAAUCAAAACCAUAAGAAAAUAUUAUCUGUUUUCACACUGCUAAUAUUACCUGUUCUCACACUGCUAAUGACAUACCCAAGACUGGGUAAUUUAUAAAGAAAAGAGACUUACUUGA